AUGUCCGAUAAUUAGUAAUCGUCUGAAAUUCAAGAAUAAAAUGUCUUAGACUCUGUUGUAUAAUAAGAAUAACCUCAAGAAUCUAAAGUUCUCAAUACUUGGGCAAGAUCAUCAAAAGAUCUAAUUGAUAAAUAUAAAAAUAAGUUUGAUGCAUUCAAAGCCAUGGCUGUUCAAGCAGGCUAUGAAAAUGUAACUUAAUAAUCAAUAAAAAUUGAAAAUACUAAUAUAAACAAUAUAGAAGUUAAUAGUAUUAACCAAAAAAUAAAUCCAUAAGAAAAUUAGUAUGGAUUAACAAAAGUAGAAAUAAAACCUAUGGAAAUAUAAUAAUGCAUUAAAUAAUAAUUAAUUUCACAAGAAAUCUCUGAUUAAUAGAAUGAAUAAAUUGAAUAGGAUAUUAAAAAAGAAGUAGAAUAUCCAAAAUAAUUAAUGUAGCCAAAUUAAACCUUUUUUAAAUAAGAACCAAUAAAUUAAUCAGUUGAUUCUGUUAAACAUGAUUUUUGUUUGAAAUUUACUGAUACUUUUAAUAUAGAUUAAUUCUCUGAAAAAUAAGAAAUAUAAUCCCAAAAAAAAUUAGAUGAUUUAUUUAAUUUAGAAUUUGGAAAGAAAAACUCAGAUAUGGAUGUAUAAAAAGAAGUUAUCAUUCAAGAUACUCCAGUGGUAGCAAAUAAUUACAUAGAAUUAUUAGAUUAAUUUAAGAGUGCUACUACAUUAGAGGAUCUAACUGAUUUAUUCAAUAGAAGAACUCCUUUCAAAGAAAGAAAUAAUCAGUAAGAACUUCCAUUAAAUCCAAUAAAUAAUAGUAUCAAUAUUAAUAUAAAUAAUGAUUAAAACCAAAAACAAAAAGUUAAAAAUUUUGAUAAUUUAUUAUAACAAUUUAAUACUCCAAAUAGAUUAAAUUAAGAAGUAUUAAUAGAAAAUGGGAGUGGUAAGAAUGGUGGAACUUAUCUUAAUUCUUAAGUUCCAUAAGUUAACAUUAAAUUGUCUAAUGGUAAAUCUCCAAAUGCAAGAUUUGGUUUUAUAUAAGCAAGUCCAUCUUCAUAAUAUAUUGGUAUAUCAGGACAAAAAACAAAAAAAGAAAAUACUUAUCUAAAUGCUAAAGUUUAAUAAACAAUGAAUUUUACAAUUGAAGUUAAAGAUAAUGUAAAACCUUAUAAAAGAAAAGAUGAAUUAUCAAAUUUCAUGGGUAAAUUAGGUUUAGGUAAAUAUGAAGCACCCAAGGUAACAAUUAAUUUGGAUUAAUAGAAUGGAUAAAGUAAUAAUUAUUAAUAUUUUAUAGAUGCAUUUGAUAGAUUGAAACAUUAUGUUAAUAAUAUUGGGAAUACUAGUGCAAAAAGAGCUACAAGUUCAGGAUUAGAUGAAUUAGUGAAUGAUAAAUCAUUUAAUACUUGCACUUUUAAAUAAUAAAUGAAAGCAUAUAAAAAGGAUAAAGGAGAAAGAGGAGAAUCAACUUAAAAAUAAGGUUUAUCAGUUGAAAAUCCAAUGUUGCAAGAUUAAUCAAUUAAAAAUCUACAUCUUAAAUUAUUACAUCAUUAAAGAGCAAAUUCUUAAGUUGGAAAAGCUGUAAGGAUUUGA